AGGCAUUGAUGAAGAUAUUUUCUCUGGAGUCUCCCCGCUAACCCGGCUCUCCCGAUGUGAACCGAGCUGAACGCCGCCGCCGACCGCACCAUGUCUCGCCGCAAGCAAGGCAAACCCCAGCACUUAAGCAAACGGGAUUUUUCGCCUGAGCCCCUUUCAACCGUGGUCUCGGAGGACAGGCAGGAACAGCACGGGCUGGUACAGGUGUCUCCGGAAGGGGACCAGGACCUGCUUACCUGCGGCCAGUGUCAGAUGAACUUCCCUUUGGGGGAUAUUCUUAUUUUUAUUGAGCACAAAAGGAAGCAAUGCAAUGGCACCCUGUGCAUGGACAAAACAGUGGAUAAGCCCCCUUCUCCCUCUCACGGUGAGCUGAGGAGACCCUCCAACCCGGUGGAGGUGGGAGUCCAGGUCACACCGGAGGAAGAUGACCGCUUGUCGACGUCUUCGCGAGGAAUUUGUCCCAAACAGGAGAACUUUAAUGGCAAAGAUGAGCCCAGCAGCUACACCUGUACGACUUGUAAGCAGCCAUUUAACAGCGCCUGGUUCCUGCUGCAGCAUGCUCAGAACACGCAUGGCUUCCGCAUCUACCUUGAGAGUGAGCGUGGGAGUCCCCUCACACCUCGCGUUGGGGCCCCAUCUGGAAUGGGCGCAGACCAUGCCUCCCAGCCACCCUUACAUGGCAUUCACCUGCCUGAAGGCAGCCCCUUCAACCUGCUUCGGAUUCCCAAUUCUGCACGCGAUGGUCCCCCUCUCAGGGAGGGACGUUUUCCGCCAACCCCUCCACUCUUUAGCCCACCGCCCCGCCAUCACUUGGAUCCCCAUCGAAUGGAGCACCUGAGCCCGGAGGAGUUGGCAAUGGCCACUCACCACUCGAGUGCCUUUGACAGGGUGCUGCGCCUCAACCCUCUGCCCCUGGACCCCCCAGCAAUGGACUUUUCUCGCAGGCUCAGGGAGCUGGCUGGCAACACCGCAGGGUCCACUCCUCCCGUCUCACCUAACCGGCCCAGCCCCAUGCAACGGCUACUCCAACCAUUCCAGUCGGGAAGCAAGCCACCCUUUCUGUCUACUCCUCCCCUUCCUUCCAUGCAGUCCCCCACAGGCUCCCAGUCCACUCCAACCCCAGUGCCCCAGCAGCCCAGCACCCCUUUGAAAUCCAAGGCCUGCGAAUUCUGUGGAAAGACUUUCAAGUUCCAGAGUAAUCUGAUUGUCCAUCGGCGCAGCCACACGGGCGAGAAACCCUACAAGUGCCACUUGUGUGACCAUGCCUGUACCCAGGCCAGCAAACUUAAACGCCACAUGAAGACACACAUGCACAAAUCGUCACCCACGACGGUCAAGUCCGAUGACGGCCUCUCCACAGCGAGUUCUCCAGAACCAGGGACCAGUGAGCUGGUGGGCAGUGCCAGUAAUGCCCUCAAGUCAGUAGUAGCAAAGUUCAAAAGCGAGAAUGACCGCCUGAUUCCAGAGAAUGGAGAGGAAGAGGAGGAAGAGGAAGAAGAGGAGGAGGAGGAAGAAGAGGAGGAAGAGGAGGAGGAGGAAGGAGAGGAAGAGGUGGAGCUGGAGAGAGAAAGGAGUCGCAACAACUUCCAUUUCGGUUUAAACUUGGAAGCCACGAGGCACCAUGAGAACAAUGGGGGGCGGCAUGGUGUGCCCGAAGAUGGCAUUCCACGCUCCCUACCUGAGGUAAUGCAGGGCAUGGGCCUGGCAGCCAGCAUGCAGCACUACAGUGAGGCCUUCCACCAACACAAGCGAGGAGUGCUCAACUCGGACAGCAACUCACACAGGGACAUGUGUGACGAGGACUCCGCCCUUGAGUCAGACCGAGUGCAGGAGGGCUCGGCCGUCAACGGUCGGGGCUCAUCCCCCAGUGAGUCGGCCUCUGUAGGCCUGUCUAAGAAGCUGCUAUUGGGCAGCCCCAGCUCCCUUAGCCCUCUUUCCAAGAGAAUCAAGCUGGAGAAGGACUUUGACCUCCCCACGCCAACCAUCCCUAACAAUGAGAAUGUCUAUUCUCAGUGGCUGGCUGGCUAUGCCGCCUCUCGGCAGCUCAAGGACCCUUUUCUAAAUUUUGGGGAUUCUAGACAAUCGCCUUUUGCUUCAUCUUCAGAGCACUCCUCAGAAAACGGCAGCCUGCGUUUCUCUACACCUCCAGGAGAAUUGGACGGCGGAAUCUCGGGCCGCAGCGGGACGGGCAGCGGGGGAAGCACACCGCACCUCGGUCCCGGCCGGCCCAGCUCGAAAGACGGCAGGCGCAGUGAUACUUGCGAAUAUUGUGGCAAAAUUUUUAAAAACUGCAGCAACCUGACAGUGCACCGGCGCAGUCACACGGGGGAGCGGCCCUACAAGUGUGAUCUCUGCAACUACGCCUGUGCCCAGAGCAGCAAGCUCACGCGACACAUGAAAACGCACGGGCAGGUGGGAAAGGACGUUUACAAAUGUGAAAUUUGUCAUAUGCCUUUUAGUGUGUACAGCACCCUGGAGAAACACAUGAAAAAAUGGCACAGUGACCAAGUUUUGAACGACGAAAUUAAAACUGAGUAGCGAUGGAGAUUGACGGCACAUUAGCAGCAAACCUCCUCAGAUCCUACCUUUGUAGAUUUUUCCCUGUUCGGCUAGUCCAGUGGAGGCUAAGACACCGUGCUUGGCACCACCAGCACACCCUUCUUCAUUUACCGUUGAAUGCAUGUUCUGUAUCGGGGCAAUACAAUUGCAUUGACGCAAAC